AUGCAUCUCCUCUUCGGCCCCGGUAGUCGCUCCUACCGCCACCCAUCAACGCCGCGAUCCCGCCGCCAUCCCACGACGCCGCGCGUGCAUCACGCGCCGUCGCAGCAGCGGCCCUUCGCCGCCACGGUCAUGCUCGCGGCGCUCGCGCUGCUCGCGGCGUGCGUCGCGCUGCGGCCCGACCAGAUGCUGCGAAGAUUCACGAGCCGCGGCUGCCCCGCCGCAUCCAGCCUGGCGGAAUACGACCUCGUUCUGAUCGCCGAGGGCAGCAUGGCAGCGCGGCUGGUAGCAUUAUGCGGCAUGGAGGCGCUAGCAGUUGCAGCGGGGUUCUCGCUCAAGGUGCUGUGGCUCACAGACGCGCCCGUGCACGCCGCGCCCUUCUCCUCGCUCUUCUCCCUCCCCGCCCACCCCAAGAUCUCCAAACCCGACCUCCGGUGGGCAGUGGAGGAUGUGUCGCCUGAGUGCGUGACAGGGCCGCUGCUGCGGUCCCCACCACACGGCUUCAAGUUCAAGGCAGCGUCAGUGGGGGACUGUGGGGCGGCGACAGGAGUGGGAGGCAGUGCAGCAAGCGGGGUGUUCCGUAUGCCCGUCAGACUGCUCGUGUCCACUCGAGCCAGCACGUGGGAUGGAUGGGCGGACGACCCGUGUUGGAUGGCGGACGAGUUGGCAGCGUGUCUGCACACGCUGCAGCCCUCACCAGCCGUGGCACGCCUGCUUGCACAAGAGAACAUCCCACGCGUGCAGCGCUCCACUGCUGCUUUCCUCGAGGACACCCCUCUGGACUCCUGCGCCGGCUGUCCCGCCAACAUCUCCCAGAUCAUCCCACCCUUCUGCGAGGUCUGCAACACGCGCCGCUUCUCCCACUCCCUCGCAGCCUGCACGGCCCGCCGUCUCGCCUACGACUUCCUCCGAGACCCCUCGCUUGACUUCACCAUCGCCUCUGCUCUGCCCUCCGCUGCUGCGGCUGCUGUGGGCAUGUUUCAUGCGUCGCGUGCGCCGCUGCUGCUGGAGAGUAGCCGGCGGAGGGCGCAGCUGCAGUGCGUGGGGAGUGGUGUGAGGAGGAGAGGGGAGGUUGGUGACAGGGGAAUGCUGGGCGGGGGCAGGAGGGCGGAGUGUGCUGAGCUCGAGGUGGCGGAGUUUCUAGCGCUAGCGCACGCGCCAGCGUUCUUCUCAUCGGUGCCGCUCUCCCCCGAGGCGGAGCUGAUCACAGGGCUCGCCACGGCGCUGCGCGGGGCAGCGGGCCCGCCCUUCCGCCAGGCGCCCGUGUGCUCGUCCCCCAAGCUCUUCCCCCUCGCCAGCCUUCGAUUUGCUUACCAGAUGAUCGUUGAUGAGCAACUGGGGCUGAUAUACUGCUUCGUGGAGAAGGUAGCGUGCACGAGUUGGAAGAUGUGGCUGCGCGCUGCACACGGCUUCAGCAACCUCACAGACUACAACUACACGCACCACGCGCAGCUCAACGGACUCACACUCAUGUACCGGGACCUAGACGAGGACGAUGCUAUACGGCAGCUGACGCGCAGGGAUUUGCUCAAGUUUGUGUUCGUGCGGAACCCGUUCUCGAGGCUGCUGAGCGCGCAUGCGGAUAAGCUGGUGAACGGCGGGGAGAAGCACAAUGUGACGCUGUGGAACAAUCGGAUAUUUGGGCAGGAGCGGCUGGAGCAGCAUGGGGAGAGGGUGGAUGUGCCAGUGGGUUUCAAGGCGGCAGUGCGCAUGGUGGCGGAUAUAGUGCGCGAGACAGGGGGCAACGGGGAUGCUCACAUCGCCACUCAGGCGCAGCUGUGUGGGCUGCACAUGAUCCGGUACGACGAGGUGGGGCGCUUUGAGACGCUGCACGACGACGUGCACCGCGUGGUCAACCGCCUCAACCGCUCCCACGUCGACCCCGCUCGCAUCUUCAAGCUCGGAUCUCAGAUCCAUAAGACGCGCGCGGAGCAGCGGAUGCGCGCUGCUUAUGACAAGGAGACGAUUGAGAUUGUGAGGCAAGCGUACGCUUCGGACUUCCAUGUGCCGUUGAACCACAUAGACACAACUCAGAUCGCUAGCUUCUCGGUUCUUCUGCACGUUCUUAUCCUAACUACAACUCAGCGACGUUUAGCUACCGUAGCUGCUGCUGGCCUGAUUGCUCCUCCUCUCGCCCGGGCAAUCAUGUCGGAGUCCAUCGGCUUAGCCACGUCGUCGCUGCUCGCUGUACAUGGCGGCAACAAAACACAGCUCUCAUGCCUAAGCUCGUCGAGGCGAUGGCUUCAGAGAGCGAUAACGGCGGGAUUGCCGAGAACGGCGAGAUCGCCGGGAACAGCGGGAAGAACCGCUUCCGUGGCUCCAGCACGACGCCGUGCGCGGGUCGCGGUGGCUGCGCUACGGCCGCGGUCGACAGGGCCGCUGUUCGCGCUGCCGGCGGCGGCGGGCGAGCCAGCGCUCGCGAGCCGCGACGCGCUGAUGCAUGCAGAUGACUGCAGCAGCGCGGGGCCGGAAGUGACGAAAGAGCGGCUCGAGUCAUGGUUGCAGCGAUCGGCCGCGGAAAUCAUCGGCCACCUGGACGAAGCGCCAUUCUUCCACCUCAUCUUCGACGGCCCCGCGCAUCAGCACGCGGCGCACGAACACUCCGCGCACGAGCACUCCGCGCACGAACACCCCGCGCACGAACACCCCCCGCACGAGCACGCCUCCUCGGCGCUUCAACGCUCUCCCAGUAGCGCGUACCAACGGCUACCGGAAGGCGUCGUGGAGCACCCUGACAGCUGGUCCACCGUCAGAAAAACCGUCGCGGGCGACAAUCCUGACGGCCUCAUCCUGGUGCACCGGCUAGAUCCGACGGAUCUGACGCGACGGUACGGUGACGAGAUGGCAGGCGUGGUGGAGCAGCCGUUACCACCCGCUGGGCCGGGAAGCGUGUGUCAGACGGGCGUGUGGGGACUGGUCGUGCUGGGGCGAUCUAGCCACCGGCACGCGUGUUAUAUCCUCAAGACGACUCGCUGCUCUGCGGCGUCGUCGUUGACUGCGACGCGGUUCUCCAUCACGCGCGCGCGGUGCUUUGGACCCGGCGUGCACCAGCAGCUGGAAAACGCGUGGCUCGCGAGUAGAUGA